GCUAACACCCUUCCCAAAAAAUAAACCAUUGAUCUUCUUGUAGCUAAUGUCCAUCCGUAAAGUGACUUUGCAAUACUACUACUUUUGAACUUCAAAGAUUAACACAAAAUCGAUCAACUUGGGGAAUGGAUACCAAAAAAAUGGAAGAAAAAUGGAUAAAACACUAUAGUAACCAUCAUAAGAUACUACUUGUGGGAGAAGGUGAUUUUUCUUUUGCACUAUCUUUGGCAAAUGCAUUUGGUUCUGCUUCCAACAUGGUAGCAACUUCUCGUGAUUCCAAAGGGUUAUUGAUAAUGAAAUACUCGAGAGCUUUUGCAAUUUUGGAAGAACUAGAGACACUUGGUUGCAGCAUUGUACAUGAAGUUGAUGCAUAUAGUGUCCACAAGCACCCAAUGUUACAAAAUAAAGCUUUUGAUCGUAUAGUCUACAAUUUCCCUCAUGCUGGAUUUGAUUUGGCUGAGAAUAAUUUGAACCAAAUUGGGAUUGAUUCCAAAAUGGAAGAAAGAUGGAUAAAACAUUAUAGUAGCUGCCACAAGAUAUUGCUGGUUGGAGAGGGAGAUUUCUCUUUUGCACUCUCUUUGGCAAGGGCAUUUUGCUCGGCUUCCAACAUAGUUGCAACUUCUUUUGAUUCGAAAGUGUCAUUGCAGGUGAAGUACUCAAGAGCUACAAUAAAUCAGAUAGAACUAAAGAGGUUCGGUUGCACCAUUUUGCAUGAAGUGGAUGCCCUUACCAUGGACCAACACCCGUUGUUGCUAGGGAAAAUAUUCGAUCGCAUAGUCUUUAAUUUUCCUCAGGAUAUAGGAUUUGCUUUUCACAAAAUUCAGAAUCACCAGAAGUUGGUGUUGGGUUUUCUACAGAAUGCAAGGAAGAUGCUAAGUCGCGACGGGGAAGUUCAUGUGACACUAAACUGUACCCAUCCUUUUAAUAAAUGGGAAGUAGUGAAAUUGGCAAAGAAAGCUGGUUUGGUAUUGGUUAAGAAGGUGCCAUUUAAAAUGCAAGAAUAUCCAUGUUACACUAAUAGAAGAGGAUCUGGACUCAAUUGGGAUGGAAAGUUUGAUGUUGGUUAUUAUUGUAGCACCUUCAAGUUCUCGAAAGCAAAAAAUGUUCAAUCUUUUGUGGCAAUAUCAGAAAUAUCAGUAGACCCAAAUUCACUGCAGUUAAAAGAUACAAGUGAAUGUGAAUUGAAGUUGUCGAGUAAAAAUCAGACGGUUCGCGUUUCAACUUCAACAAAUUUGAUUGAAACCACUAUUUAUUCUCCGAUCAACACCACAACAAAUUCAAAUUUAAUCUCAAUGUGCACAAUUUUAUGAAGAAGCGAAGAAUGCAUACUCUAAAAUUUAGACCAAGCUUUCAAAAAAAAAUGUACACCAAAAAACAUUUAUCUUUGCAAUGUUGAAGAAUG